CACGUCAUUAGUGUCAAAGCAAAACAAAAAAAUCGGUGUUGUGUCAGCUGAAAGAAUUUUGAUACGUUGUGUGUAUUUUGCCAAUCCCCUCUGCACUGGGUCGUUUCGUAUCAUUUACUUGUACCGUGUGUCCCACGUCGACCGAACUGCCGGACCGCUUACCGUUUAUUGUUUGCGCUGAUAAAGCCCGUCUCACCCCACUCAGAGAGCGGGUGGUUCCAGCUUGUCAUCGUCCCCACCGUGCGUGCGUGCUCGUGUGUGUGAUAGUGCGUGUGUGUGUGUUUUUUAGGCGGGCGGCGAGUCUUCCCGUUCCAACAAUAUGUGCCAAUGGCAAAGUCUACCUCGGGAAGUUUCGAUCUGAAGGAACCUCCGCCUUGGCAAAGCUGUCAGUACUGCCUAUCGCCCGUAUCGACCCGGGGUGAUCCAUCGCAACAGCACCAGCACCAGCACCAGCAGCAGCAGCAGCAACAGUGGCCAUCAUACGACCAGCAGCCACCCCAUCAGCAUCAGCAGCAACUGUUUUUGUUCAAAAAUACCGCAGAGUUUGUUAGGCACCUUCGCCAGCAGCACUGCACCGUGGAAGGUGGCUCGUACGUGUGCCGCUAUGGGUACAACGGUGUGUGCGCCUCGUUGCCGCUGGACGGUGUUAGCGAUCGUGAUUACGACAUGCACGUAACCCGGUGCCACGUGAACGCCCAGCAGAGGGAACCGCACGUCAAGUGGUCGGUGUUUUCGGCCGCCCAAAACCUGCCCGCCGUACUGAACGAUCCGAGCCGCGGGAAGCAGACGAGCUUUUUCACGAAAAAAUGGGGCGACGCGUUCGUGGAGGGUGCGUCGAUUGCCCCGUCGCCCCGGCUCGCCGACAUCCGGUGGGAAGCGUUCGAUGCGUACCUGAAGCGGAUCGGCAAACGGUACCGGGUGCACACGCGCAUCGCGAAUGUGCCGACGGCGAACGCGACUAGUCAGCAGGCGCUCGUCAGCGAUCGCCUACCGAACGGUGCCACGGCCAGCCUGAAGGACAUCCCGGAGGUGUUUCUGAAGCAACAGCUCGAGCUGCACCGUCCGGCCACGUUUGCGGCGGCAUUCGCCGGCAUCGGGACGGAGGGUGGCGAACAGACGCGCCAAUCGAGCCGCCAGCUGCAGGAACGGCUCAGCCACUAUCUGGACAUUGUCGAGGUGCUGAUCGCGAAACAGGUGGCCGACAAAUCGUCCGCCUUUUUCCACGCGAUGACCUCGCAGGACGCGAUCAUGGAGCAGAUGACGGAGGCGCUAGCGAACGUGAAACGGUUGCGAGGCAAGGUGAAGCAGAUCGACGAUAUGAUUGUGAAGGAAUCGCUCCAGGUGAUCCGGGCGGAACGGAUCCGGUCGAACAACAAUCUGGUGCUCGAGAAGCUGAAGCUGAUGUCGACCGUGCAUCAAACGCAACCGAUGAUACAGCUGCUGCUGAGCACGCAGGACUAUGUGGCGGCGCUGGAUUUGAUCAGCACGACGCAGGAAAUAUUGGGCCAAGAGCUGACGGGCGUCCACUGCUUUCGGCAUCUUCCGUCGCAGCUGUGCGAGAUGGAGCUGCUGAUCGAUAAGAUGCUUAAAACGGACUUUGAACGCUACUCGACGGCGGAUCUGAACCGGCCCUUCGCGAACGGCGAACCCGGCGAGGAGCGUGUGCUAGAGGAGGACAAGCUGAUAUGCAUCAUUUCCGGGUUGUUGCGAAAGCGCAGCCUCGACUUUAUCGACACGUACCGGGACGAAGCGAUCACGACGGUGCGGGCGAUCGUGAAGCAGCUCGUGAUCGAGGUGAUCGCUUCCGGCGAUGCGGAAGUUUGUCUCACCGGGGCCGGCGAGGAAGCGCAAAGUUUGUCCCUGUCCGAGUGGAUUCUGCUGCUGGAAAGUGCAACGGGCACGCUGCUGAAGCUGCUGCGCCGCAUCCGAGCCGUGCAUGACGUGAUGCAGCAGACGGCCGACGCCAGUGCCGGCCGGCUUACGGACGAUGUGAGCUUCAUCGACACGGAAGCGUUUCUUUCCACACCGGACUAUACCGUGGUGCAGGAUAAGCUGGCCAACCUGCUGCAGAGCGUUUGCAACUACUGCCACGAACGCUGUGCGAACCUCGUCUCGAACCAAAGCCUGGAGAAAAGCUCCGUCAGCGCGGACCAGAUCGGCCAGCUGGCACAGAUAGUGGAGCGCUUUACGGACGGGUGUCAGGAGGCGUGCGGUGUGCAGAGUGUCCCGCUGAAGCUGGCGCUCUGCGCCCAGGGCAACAGAUUUGCACAAAAGUUCCACACGGAGCGGAAAUCGAAGCUAGCACUCCUGCUGGACAGCGAGCGCUGGAAGCAGGCCGAAGUUCCGGCCGAGUUUCAGACGAUGAUCGAUUGCAUCGCUCGGGGGGACUUUCACUGGAGCAAACCACCGGCCCAAACGAACGGUGGGACGCCUUCGCCGCCGCAAUCCGUGCUGAAGGUCGAAGGUGAACCGUUCGCGCUGGUAGGAGCCGCCUUACUGUUGGUACAGAUCGUUUCCGAAUACUGUCGCUGUGCGUCACAGCUGCCCGUAAUUGCACCCCAGCUGGGAAGGAACGUGGUCGAUCUGCUUCGCAUGUUUAACUCGCGCUGCUGUCAGCUAGUGUUGGGCGCUGGGGCACUACACGUGGCAGGCCUUAAAACCAUCACCAGCAGCAAUCUGGCGCUCGUGUCGCGGGCGCUCGAACUAGUCCUUUGGCUAUUGCCGCACGUAAAACGUCACUUCCGGUCGCUUGACGGCCCCGGCACAUCAUCAGUCAAUAGCAACAACAACACCACUACUACCUCCGGAACGGCCGGACCACUAACGAAUGGCGGAUCGCACCCGAUCACCACCGCCGCCACCACCACCUCCUCCUCUUCCGCUGUCGGGUACGAUUCGGUGGAGAAAGAUUUCGUUAGCCACAUUAAGGAGAUCGAGAACAAGGUCCUGUCGAUCGUGUGUGACGUCGUGACCGGGCAGCUAAACAACUGGGACGCCCGGCCCCCGGUCCCGUCGCAACCGUUCCGCAACAUUAGCCGCCAGUUUGUGAAGCUGCACGAAGCGAUUGCACCGAUCCUGCCGGAAAAGCAGGUGCACGCCAUCUACCGGACGGUGCAGCGCAACUUUAAGGAUAAGCUGCGGGAGCAGCUGCUGCGGAACAACAUCACCAACAACGGUGGCCCGCAGCACGGUGUCGUCGUGUCGGAGCUAACGUUCUACAUGGAAACGUUGCGGACGCUGAAGGCGAUGCCGGUGGCCGAACUGCACGACGAUACGAUGGAUGAUAUUUGGUUGAAGUAGCCCUACGAAAGGGCCAUUCCAUUCCAGUUUUUGCAGAGCUUUUCUCGCACACAGCGUGGAGGGAUUUUAUUUACCCAUGGACGAAACCGGUUAGCGGCCGUUUUUUUUUUUGUUUGCUUUUGUUGGUAGUAGGAUGUGGAGCUUUCGGGGGGUUUCAAGCUGUUCCGCUGAGCGCACACAUGAGCCAUUCUCCUUCGCUUGCCAAAUGUGUUGCGAGUUUUUUUGGUUUUCGGUUGUGCGAUUAGUUUAAGCUAUUUUAGUCAUUACUUCUUCUUUCCGGCCUUAGAAUUUUCCCGGCACUGGAUUGGCGGGGAAGUUGGUAAGCAGCUACAGUUAUUAUUGCUAAUGCUUUUUUAUGGUUUAAAGUCAUUGCAGUUGAAUGUUGCCUCUAAAUCACCAAUCUGCGUCGCUUAGGACUGCAUUUUACUGCUUAGGUUUGGGAUUCACACACGUGAAGCUGGGGAUAAAAUUGCAUUCAAUGGUUAAUUUUUAUUCAAAUCACAUACACACAGUACGCUUGAAUUAUAAAAACUAUUCAAAAUCAGCUCAAACACCUCUUUCGAUUUUAUGUUAUCUUACUUUUGCCCUUGACACAAUAAUGCAUGCUUAAGCGAUAACAGUUGGUUGACUCAUACAGGUACAGUGAGGCAACAUUCAGCUGCAACGACUGUAUUAAAAUGCUUUUUUCCUACAUGUCGAACCAGUAGUAGAAUUAUUCUGAUUGUUUACUUAAGUAAUACUGCGCUACUACUAUUGCCACACUCACCGCUACUACCGCACUGCAGUACUGCAUUGUAUCAUUUCAUACCAAAAAAACCAACACGCUAGUAUUAUACGUUUCAGGGCCAGGGUUGUGUUGUGUGCGGUAGGGCACUGUUGCUUCGUUUUAGUUUUAGUAGGGCAUCUUCAAACGUUCGUUUCCGUGCAAGCUUGCUCACGGCAAAGGCAAGUAGCUCCAAGGCCAAGCUGGCAAUGUGCAAAGACUGUGGCGUUGCGGUGUUGUGGCGCGCGUGUGCGCCUUAAAGUGUAAUUACGAAGGCUUUGAGCAACGCGGGAAGGAUACAUUAUGAUAUAAUCGUGUAAAGAAAACCGAAAAGACAAAUUUAUAACGCCAGCAAAUGCCACCAAGCUCCAGGCAAAGCGACACAAUGGUAGAUAAUUUACGCGAAAGUAAACCAAAACAAUUCUUCAGCUAGUGUGCAUGCUAUUCAAACAAACACACACAUACACUUUUGACCAAUUCUGUGCCGUUUUUGGGAUGGCGCAGUGAGAUACGUGUUGGGGGAAAGAGGAGCUUAGGUAAUUAUUGUACGGACGAUACUUGCAACCGGAACAGGUGGAUUUAAUAAAUAAAUAUAAAUUGGCAGCUCUCGUGUAUAGGA